AUAUUUCUUCCUUAGUACAUCAACUCCAUAUUUAUUUAUAUUUAUUGACAAAUAAAUUCAUGGUUUCACAAGAAGUGCAUGUGCCUCUAGUGAUGCUACACACUCUAGGCAGCGCAAAGGGACUUUAAUCUCACCGUCCAUUAUAUAUAUAUAUAUAUUAUAAAUAAGGGAUUUUAAGUUCAAUCUCUUAAAUACCAAGCUUCAUUGUGCUGUGUUUCACGUUAUUACUACUCUUCAUAUACAUAUACAUCAAAUGAGACAAUAACAAAAUCAAAAAGGACAAUCUUUAAUUUGUUUCCAAAUGGGGGGUUCCUCACCUUGUGCUUCUUGCAAAUUGUUGAGGCGGCGUUGCACCAAAGAAUGCAUCUUUGCUCCUUAUUUUCCUUCUGAUGAUCCUCGCAAGUUUGCCAUUGUGCACAAAGUCUUUGGCGCUAGCAAUGUCAGCAAAAUGCUUCAGGAACUUCCAAUUGAUCAAAGAGGAGAUGCUGUAAGCAGUUUAGUUUAUGAGGCAACUGCAAGGGUGAGAGACCCUGUGUAUGGUUGUGUUGGAGCAAUAUCAUACCUUCAAAAUCAAGUUACACAAUUGCAAAUGCAACUUGCAGUGGCUCAGGCAGAGAUUCUAAGCAUCCAUCAGAUGCAACAAGACCCUUCUAAUAACAAUACUACCUUAUUACCAAGUCAAUUAUUAGAUCAAGAUUAUAGUGAAAAGUUUCUGCUCCUAUCAUCAGCUGAAAACAAUAACAACUAUGACUUUCUUCCCCAAUAUCUUAGCUUCGCUUCUUCUUCUUCUUCUUCUUCAAAUGUAUUCCAAGACUCUGAGCCUCUUAAGAGAGAUAACUGCAUGCUUGUUUAUGUUUAUCAUGUUAGAGAGACACUUGUAGAAAGAGAGUAUGCAGAUACGAGUUUAAGAAGUGCACGGGCUACGAAACCGACGGUUUUCAACGACCAGGUAACCGAUGUGGUGAUGGGGAGCUAA